AUCUAAAAAUGGCGGCCAAAAAUCAAUUUUAAAUUGUGACAGCCGCGACCGCAGUUUUGUCACACAAUAAAUUACUUAUCAAGUAAAUAAAGCGCGUUCUCGGCGUUAGUAACUAGAAUGUUAGUCGUUUUUGUCCCUUAAAUGAGGCGUGACAUUUUUUCUGUUUAAAUCAGAGCAAAAGUUUCAACAUAUGAUCGUAGUUACUAUAAUAGUCGAUGAUGUAAGAAACAGUAUUACCACAGAGUACUUUAUUAUAUAGGUCUCGUAGAUCUCGCGAGUGUAUAGUUGCAUUGUUAUUGUCUCGAAGACUGUUGAAAAGUUCUCGCCAUGGAGGGUGAAGAUGGGAGUGUGGGGAAUCCCGAAAAAGAAGAUUAUGAGAGCAGUUCCCAUUCAACCCCGCAAGAACACAGGUCUUUUGCGGAGUUCGCUAAAGACAAGCUGGAUAGUGCGGGCCGAGAGUUGAGACGUCGCCUCCCCAUGGCUGGCCAGCUUGGCGCCCACUUGAUGCAUCCUCGGCGCUUGCUGCUGCACUCCACACCUACACAGCAUACUGAUGUUGUCUUGAUAUUCCCUAAAGGUCUACCAGACAGUAUGCUGCUAUGGCUUCUGCAGAAGUUGCGUGGAAGUCGGCCGAGGUUGCGUGUGUGCGUUCGGCAGCACGCGUCCUCACAGUGCUCUGCCUUCUACAUUACUGCUGAUGACGAUGUGCUUCUGCAAACGGCGGAGGAGAUGCAUCUACCAAAACAACUGAAGCCAGAAUUCGGUGGCGGUUAUAAAGAGUUCACAGUUCGAGACAUGCAUUGUUUUCAAAAGGGUUCCUCAGCGGCGGAACUGUUGAACUCGCAAGAGCGAGGCGCUCUAGUGAAGCAUGCUUUAGAGUCGGCUCGUGCGGAACCCGGCGACGAGCAUGCGUUAGAACCCGCACUUACGUUGAGGCCGGGACAGAGUAUUGUGCCAGCAUGCGUAAGCAGAGGUGUAGUGGCCAGUAUGUUUCCUCUGCACGAGAGAACCGCUUUGGAGAACCUCAGAAGGAAAUGGGUUAAAACCUUGUUUUCUCCACAGCCUAUAGAUGAGAUAAGUGAAUAUUUCGGUGUUAAAAUAGCAAUGUAUUUUGCUUGGCUUGGUCACUACACACAGUCUUUGACCGUGCCCGCAGUUGUAGGCUUCAUAUUUUGGAUUUGGCUCGGCACAGCAAAUGAUAAUUGGAAAGACAUAGCUUAUGUAUUAUUUUCGCUAUUUAAUGUACUCUGGGCGUGCGUCUAUUUAGAAACGUGGAAGAGAUAUUCAAAUGUGCUGGCAUAUAAAUGGGGAACAUUAGACCAGAGGGAUGAGCUUCUGGUAGAACCAAGACCAUUAUUUCAGGGAGAAAUGAGUACGAGCUCAGUGACGGGACGUCCGGAGCCAGUGUACGCGGCGUGGCGGCGUCGCGUGUGGCGGCACUGCGUGUCGUUCCCGCUGAUGUGUGUGUGCCUCAGCGUGGCCGCUGUCGCCACCUUCGCCUUGCUGAGAGCUCAGGAUUGGUGGGAAACAAACAUAAUAUACUUUACUUGGAUACCUCGUGCUUUACUUGCUAUUAUCAUAGCAGUUGAAGAGGAGGUAUACGCCAGAAUAGCGAGGUGGCUCAACGACAAAGAGAACUAUCGACUCGAGACAAAGUAUGAGAAUCACCUGAUUGUGAAAAUAGCAUUGUUUCAAUUCCUCAACUCGUUCAUGAGUUUGUUCUAUAUUGCGUUCUACUUGCAAGAUAUGGAUAAAUUAAAAGAGCAACUAGCAGUAUUAUUGAUAACGAGACAAGUUAUUGGGAACUUGAAAGAGUCUGCUCUGCCUUAUUUGAUUGAGAACUUGAGGCUCGCCAAGAUAUGUGUCGAUGUGUUUGGUGCUAUCAGUCCCAGUAAAAUACCAACAUCAGCUCAACUGACAGAACUAUUCGACAAGAAGACUGAUUCGUCCGGCGAUCCUCCGGAAAACAGUCUAGUUAAUGGUGCCGCGGAUAAAGAGGAUAGACGGGAUUCUGAACCUCUUGUGGGGCAGAAAGUCAUACACCAAGCUGAGUUGGAGUCACAGUUGUUUAGGUACGACGGCACAUUCGCGGAAUACCUAGAGAUGUUAACACAACUGGGCCACGUGGUGCUGUUCUCGUCGGCCUUCCCACUGGCGGCGGUGUGUGCGUUACUCAACAACGCGGCAGAAAUACGUGCUGACGCCUUCAAGCUGUGUCAUGUGGCGCAACGACCUUUUGGGGAGAGAGUCAAGAGUAUUGGGAGUUGGCAGCACGCAAUGGAAGCAAUGGUAGCAGUAGCCGUGUUAGUAAACUGCGCUUUAAUCGGUCUAUCUGGGCCCGUGCAUAGAAUGUUACCCGACGCCACUCCCGCGCAGACUAUACUCGUCAUUGUGGCUUUAGAGCACGUGAUCCUGGUAAUAGUUCUAGCGCUGCGCAUCGCGAUCCCCGAGAUCCCAGCGUGGUUAGCUACAGAGAUGGCCAAGGUGGAGUUCCAGCGAAGAGAGGCGAUUAAGAAUGCACAUGCACCGCUUAUGUCGGAAUGUACAAGCCAAGACGACAUUCGGCCGUCAGCUCGCAACACGCCGCGUACAGUUACACCGACCACUCCGAAACAGCCCGCAAACGAUAAAUCCGUGGAUAAGAAGAAACUAUUCAUUGGAAAGAUUCCUGAAAUACCGCCUUUCAGGCCUAAAGCGGCGUCUAUAACGGCGACGGAGCCACCCGUCACAGUGACUGGGUCACUACAAACGUUGCAGGACGUCAGCCCUACGAAGCCUAUACGACGUAAGGAAGUAGUCCCGGGUGCUCCGCUGUCCCUGCUGGGAGUGCGAGGGUUGAGGGACGAGCCCCUGCACAGGUCUGCGCACUGCAUCCCGCACCCCACGCAACAUCGACCACUCGUCAACCCCACACUGCAGGAGUUGUCCGGCAGUGUAAGCGCGGGCGGGUCGGAGCCCGACCUGAACGCGGUGCCGUCCGCCGCGCCCUCUAUCGACGCCAGCGCCACCUCCAGCGAGGACGAUAAACCUAAGGAUAAAGGCAGUCGUUCCCGAGCUAAAGCAGCGCUGGUAAAGCGCGUGCGUUCGGUGGCGGUGUUCUCGCUGGGGCUGCGGCGAGCGCGCGAGGCGGCCGCCGCCUCCGACAAGCACGCGCAUACGCCGCACACACCUGAUAAAUCCGGGGGUCUGCCAGCGCCGAUGUUAGGCGGCGAGCUGUCCCUCAUCCCUAUAGAACAGCUGAUACAAGUGGAGGACGUGAAGCCUCGCUCCACGUAGGCAACCACCUUUUGUACGUACAUGCUCCCCUAGUCCUUCUGUCUUUCAUAUUGUUGAAUAAACGCGAUUUUUUUCAAAUAAUUUCUUUAUUUCUAUGUCUUAUUUCACUGGUUUUAUUUAUUCAUUAAACAAAUGUAUUUACAUAUUAAAAAAAAAUAUCCUUGUUAAAACUAAAAAGCAUUUGUCCCCAUCGCUGUCGACUGGGAGCGUGCCCAAGAGGCUGGCAGCAUUACCUCGUUGGAUCGCCAUGCUGAUCCUUUGUCAGAGGUAAUAGCCAGACUUUUGGUUACGAGAAGUUUCUUUAUUUCUUCAAAAUUUUCGUACUUUUAUAGAUUACGAGAUUUUUUACUAAUUUUAACAUAGUUCUCUUUCUUCUUAAUGUAUAGUACUUUCUUAUUUUUUUGACAAGUAUGUGUUCAAAUAUUCGUUAGAAAUGCGACAUUAUGGUAGUAAGUAUUGAAUUUUUGGGUCAUCAUUGUUUUGCGAGACAUGAUCUCCCGAGACUUUUUCCAACUAUGUUGGGGUCAGCCCAAUGUGUUUUGCAAGACAUUGAGGAAAUAUUAAACCGAAUGAAGAUAUACAAAAGAGGUAUUGAUAUUUGUGUAGACGUAAUACCAACUCAUUAUUAUGAUUUGUAAAAAAUAAAAGGUUUGAAUCAGGAUUUUACAAAAAAUCUUCAAUUUACCAAGCAUUUAAAUUAGCAAAAGAAAAAUCUACCUUUUAACGAAAUCGCAUUUAUUCAACAAAAUGAAAAACCUCUCAUGAAACGGAGUACAACCUAGCUAGCUACUAGUUAGCGCCUGUCAUAGACUAUAGCAUAGCAUAGACAUACAAUGUAUAUUAACGUAGGACUCCUUUAGUUAUUAACCAUUCGUUUACUAGUAGUUAACAGUAUGUUAACGUUGCGUUAUGGAAAGUUCUCGAUUUGUUCGAAGUACAAAUUUUGUAAGCGUGUUUUUGCUUGGGAGUUUGGGUGUUAUUUUCAGUACUGUUACGAGAUCAGAGGUAGGCUUAAACAUUUUAUAGUACAGAAUAAAUUGUAUUGAAAAAUGCUCGAUAUGCAUAUUUUUUUUUAAUUAAAUUAUCAGGUGUUUAGGAUGAAAAAUAUAUCAAACUUGAGACCAUAAACAAAUUACAAUUCUAAUUUGAAGUCAUGAAUAAUAUCUAACGAAAAUGAACUUUAAGCCCUUGAAAUCAACCCCAUUUUACCCAAAUAGUACUGGAAUUAACGCCGUAUUUAUAUUGAAGUACAGUGGUAACAAUUUUUGUGAUAAGUACAGUUAGAAGAAGAGAUAUCAGACACAUCUCGUGUGGGAGUAAGGCUUUUUGAUGUAUUUUUACGUGUUUCGAAGACAUUUUUCGAUGUUAUAGUGCUGGGUCGAAUUGGCUACUUUUGUUCGAAAACUAGUAACGAAAAAUCAGCAUGGCCGAUGGCGGUAAUUUUACUCUAUGGUAACAUGUCAAAUCAGGUAUAAAAAUAUUUGUAUAGUGAAUGACAAACCUGCAGGUUGGUAACUGAAUGUUCAUUGUAGCUUUUGUUUUUCUAGUGAUUGGAAUUGAACACAGCCUGAAAUAUAUAAGAGAAACGCAUAUAAAUUUACAUUUAGGUAUCGAAACUAAUAUUAUUUCAAUGACCUAUAUAAGGAGGUAGCGUUUGAACAUGAAAUGAGGUCCAUGUUAAAGAGGCCUAAUAUUAAAAAAAAGUAUGGCACUAAAUAACACAGUUUUUUUAAGCAAAAGUAGCCAGUACAUUCAGCCAUUGAUGUUUUCAUUCUAAGGUUCUGUGUACCGCAACACAUAUAGUUUCCUAAGCUUUUCUCAUCAAAGCAAUCGUCUGACAAUAAUUUCGAGUUGCUCUUUGUAAUUUUGAUGGUUAUUUCUUUGACUUUUUUGCUUUAUUUAAACUGACCGGGAUGGGAGAUUUUUUAAUAAAAAGAAGAAUAAUCUCUGUAAGGUUAAGCAAACUAUAACCAGCCGUCAAAUCAUUGAUUUUGCUCAUGAGCGGCAAUUUCACAGCUGGUUAUGGAUUAGUCAUCUUUAUAGUUCAAUGUUGCAACUCACUCUAAAUGCCAUAUAGACAUAUUUAUUUUAAAGAGUUUUUGCAAAUAACAUACCUAUUCUCAUUUUUUUUCAGUCAUUCUCGAAAAUAAUUGGCACAAUUAGGAUUAAAUGACAAGAUUUAUAAAAAUACCGAAAAUCGGACCCGAUGCACAUUGGUUGUCGCUUCUCCGCUACCAAUCGAAUUCUAUCUAUAGCUUAAUUAUUUUUCAUUCCAAAUCCCGGUCGGUCUGUAAAUAGAACUAGCUAGUAAUCAAUUUGCACUGUAGUAAUCUUCUUAACACGGCUAGAACUACUUCACUCCUUAUUGUAUGUAGGAUAGUUCGCGUAUGUUGACAUGUCAUACCGUCAGUUGCAGAAUGGUCCAUUAAAGUUAAAGCUUUUUUAAAUCUAUUGCUGACUCUUUCUUUGUCAACAAGAAAAAAAGUGUUAGCAAUAGAUUUAGAGAAGCUUUAAUUUUAAUGGAUCUUUAUGCAACUGACGGAUAGUCGCGAUCAUAAGUAAUAACUAUAAAUAAAACUGAAAUCUGGAACUUGAAACUAUGAGAGUUAGUCCGGUUUUUUGUAACGUUUUAAAAUAAGAAGGUCUUCCAUUUUGUUUUGCUAACUUGUGACAUGUUGCUGUACGGUUAAUCAUAUUCAAACUUGGGUUUAUUAAAAGUUAGGUACAUGAUAAAUUGUUGGGGUGACUUAAAUUAUUUCAUAGACAGUGACAUCAGAAAAAUAGGUUUUAAGGUGUAUUUGAUUUGAGUUUCCUUGGAUUAAAUAUAGUAAGAUUCAAGUUACUGCAUCCGGGAUUAUUAAAAUAGUACUAAAAACUUCUGUAGCACAGUAUAGUUGAGUUCUACAAAAGUUUUUAGGGUACAGAGAAACUUUUGGUAUUGAAAAACUUGAAGUUCAUUGCACAUUGAAAUAAUUGAAUAAGCCUAAAAUCGAAAGUGUUUCUUUUAAUUCGUACCCACAUAAACAAAUAAAAUUGUUAAAUAACUUAGUUCCUAGAUGCCUAUCGAUAUAUCGAAUAAUUUUAGACGAAGGCAGCUCCAAUCUCUUCUCUGUCCGUUUCUGUUACAAAUCGCUCAUAGCACUGUCAAUUAACAUUGUAACAAAUUUUAUUUUAGCUACAUUGUAUCCAUUGUAAUUGUAUUUACGAAGUAUUAUCUUAGGUUGUCGUCUCGUCUAGUCCUUAAUUUUUACGCUAUUGUUGUAAAGUGUAUCAAGCGUACAGAUUAUUAAGAAAUGGAGUGGUUACUUCGAUCAUAAAAUUGUAUUCAAUUUCCUUAUCAAAUGAAAUGAUAUUAAAAUAUAGUUUUUUUUUUUUAUUAUUAUUAUUGUUCCCUGUUGAGAACAAUUAUUGAAAGUUAUUUCGAUCUGAUUACUCCCCUUUUCACUCCAUUUCUCACUGCUCUGUGAUCAGAUAUUUUUAGCAUAAUAUUUAAGCGCAAUGUAUCAAAACUAUGUAUUUCGAAGAGAGUAAUUAUUUUUAUCGUAUUUUAUGAUAGAGUAAAUAGAUUUAGUUGAGCUUUUUAUAGGCAAAGAGUUUUGUAUAUUGUUAGCUUAGCGUAUGAAUAUUUAGCGUUGUAAUUGUUAUUUAUUAAUGAUGUGCGUGGAUUCAUCAUCUGCUAUUAAAACUAUAUUUCAGACAGGUCGCAAUAUGAGACGAGCGAAAAUGUGAUAAAAAGAUUGGUGUUUGAUGUUGGUUUUACAUCUGACAAAUAAACAUUGACUUCGGACACUACUAAAUUUCAAAUAUCUUCAAACUGUAUGUUUCAAAGUAAUCUUUUUUUUUGGAGCCAGUCCAAUUAUGAUGAAUCAGUACUGUGAAAGUAUUAAGUGUAUGUACCGUAGUACAUACACUUAAUAUUAUAGCGGAUGGUGAAUUCCCGUCAGUAAACAGCUAAAUACUGAUAAAAUUAUGUUGCUAUAUAACAUAUGUUAUGGAAUAUUGAAACUUGACGUCCAUUGUUCAGAGAAGCUUUUAAAUCGCUAUCCAUCUUUAUUCUUUGAAGAUUUUUGUUUCGUAUGUACCCUUUUGUAUUUAAAACAUCUUGUAUAAUAUUAUAUUGAAUACAGCUGAAGGUAUAUUGAGAAAUCGUCAACAGAUUUUAGUAAUCUAUCGAAAUUCUCAAAUAUAAAUAAAUCAACUUUCUGAAUUUCAAAUAACCAAAAUAUUGACGACUUCUUCAACUCUAUUCAAAUCAUUUUCAUAAUCGCCUAUUUCUAAUAUAUUCCCUUAUCAACGUUUUUUCUUAUAGUUUGACGGCACUGCUUAUUUGGUUCGGUAACACUUUUACAUUUCAUCCUUCGAUUACAUUUUCACAGUGCCACAUUCUACGACUAGGUACAUCAUAUUCAAAAUCAAUUUCCAAAUCUAUUUUAAACUUCUCAAUGUUUUCUUCUUUAUCACUUCCAUUUUUAUAAAUCUUGCGGUACAAAAAGUAUUUGUUGUAUUUGCUAGAUUACUAUCUGCAAGGAAUACUGUUGAGUAAUCGAAUGUCUCUCGGUCAUCAGCACUUUGUACUACUACUAUACUUAACUGAGAUACAGAUCAACAGACCGUUUUAUGAAAAAAAUACAUGUUCCUAUAUAUUGCGAUAUAGAUAGAUAGAUGCGUCUUAUAUUUUGCGCAAUAAAACUUAUUUUCUUUCUUUCUUUCUAUAUUAAAUGGUGAAGCCAAAAAACCACAUAUGUUAUUUCAUGCAGAUAUUAAUCUUUCAAUAUGUUACAUGGUGUUGAUUAACUAGUAAAGAAGCUUCAUUCUAAAUAGUAACGUGUCGUAGAUAUUAAAUUUGUUGUUGUACUUAUUUUUUAUACGGGAUAUUGAUAAACGUUGCAUUUUUGUGUAGAUUACAGAUUAAAUUCGCAGAAUAAAAAUUUAA